AAAUCACCCAUACCUCUCGACUUUUCCCAGAACCACGCCAUGCUCGCCCGUCAAGCUAUCGCCAAGUCUGCUCAGACUCUUCGCCCCAUUGCGACUUGUUCAUUCCGUCCCCUGGUACUCGCCAGGUCAUUCCAAACCACCCCAUUCUUCCGAAACGAAGCUCCUUCAACAAGCGCUGCCUCUUCUUCUUCUUCGACGACCGCUGCUCCUCUGGCAGAAAAGCCCGCUGCUCCUCUGGAUGCCGAGUACGAAUCUCUUCUGAGGGGACAGGCUGCUUUGGGUGAGGAAGGCGAGCUGGAAGAGUUUGUGGGCGGCCGAGAGAAGUGGUACCAUGUGGCUAGGAGCGAGGGGGGAGAGUUGCCUGUCUAUUCCAAGUUCAGGAAUGGAGGCCAAGUGACUACUCUUAUUCGCAAAAUCGAAGGAAGCGGUGCUACACUGAGAGAUCAGUUGAACGAAUUUUUCCUCGCCAACCACCUCGACCCCUUCACUGCGCCCCCAAGAGCCACGCUCAGACCGACGACUGGACACAUACAGAUCAAGGGGCAUCAUGUUGAGGAUGUGAAGGAUUGGCUGGCUGAAAGGGGUUUCUAGGGACGAGAAGACCGAUUUUGGGCAUAUGCACCUGGUCUAUGCUUGUAGCAGCGGGUGGAAAGAGACAAAUGUGCAACGUUUGUACUGUCCAGCUGCCCUCAAUCAUCCUGCAUGCUCGCAUCCUAUUCCCACCUCACGCCAAUACUUGCUCAAUUGACGUCUCUCUAGCUGAGCAUACACUUUCCACAUGGUUGCUCUGACUCUCGAGCCGUUAUACACGCUCUACUCAGAUACUUGUAGACUGGUAUGAUGACUCUCAAACAUUGGUGUUUCAAACAAAUGACAGUCGAGAGUGGACUGUUGCUUGAGCUUGACUGCACAUCAUGACUAAUCUUGGGGCAGUAGGCCGGGACAUACGUCGACGCAAUUGAGAGCUUCCAGUGAUGUGCACCUCUUCGCACUAAUGAAUUUCAACGACAUGCAACGAU